AUGACCGUCAUCGGUUCAGAGAUGUCCAGUCGAAGAGGCCAGUCAUCGAGGAAACGUCCUCUCCGCUUGCCAACAAUUGCUCCCAAAGAUGAAAUCAUCUCGUUGACUUCCACCACCUGUUCCGUCCAACCCUCCAUCAGACCUACAAUUAUACAGUCUCGUCUGCGCUUCCCUCCUCGAUCUCGGACUGGUUGCUGGUACGUCUGCUUGAGUCGCAAAAUAAAAUGUGACGAGGUCCAUCCCCAAUGUAAUCAAUGCGCACGCCUGGGUCAUGUCUGCGACUAUCAACCCCGGCUCUGUUUUCGGGAUGAUACGCGUCGAGUCAUGGAGCGCAUGCCUGAUGUCAAGACGAAAGGGAAUGCUGUCUGGGAUCCCAAUCAACCCAUUCGCAACAGACACCAUUCGAACUCCGAUUCUAUUCCUUCCGACCUGCUCCCAGCUUUCGCAAAGCUCACGUCAGAUGAGGAUCGGGAAAAGAAAGCGCAGGGGUCGAUUCCGGGCACCUAUCAUGUUAUCGUGAUCCCCGAAAGCUUCUCCCAUCUUCCCGAGUAUACUGAAGAUGUGCUCGAAGCGGUGCCCAGCAACCAGCUCUCGAGCCCCGUUUCUGACUAUAGUGCCCACGAUCCAACCGACGACGUCUCACCAUCCGAAGAUCCCAAUGUCGUCAUCUUGCAUCGAUUCCGCGACUCUCGAAAACAGGCAUACCCCAUCCGUCGGACCGCCACACAUUCCCCGGACUCCGAUCUAGGUUCCUCCACCCUGUCCGCCGUCUCAAUGUACGCUGCCCUACAAGAUAUCGCCGAGGAUCAAGGUUCGGAAAGCGUGGUCGACCUCCGCAACUACGAAAUUGCCCUCCUCGAUCACUUCCAGAACACCCUAUGGAUGCAUCUGAUCCCCGGAGGAGACGGCUAUCUGGGGGCAAAUGUCUUCGAACAAGAGGCUUCCAAUUUCCCUCCACUUUUCCAUGCGAUGAUAGGCCUGUCAGCUCUCAAUCUCAUUCGUCAAGGAAACAGUCAAACUCCGGGUAAUUUACAAUACUACCAACAUACCUUGCCUCCGCUACAGAACAGUCUUCAGAACUGUGAAGACCUCUUAUCUGAUGGGCUCUUCCUCACCCAUUUCUUACUACUGAUCUACGAGGUUGCAUUUGCGAAACCCAACAGCGGCUCCAACCUCUGGUCCCAUCAUAUGUCCCGAUUACUCCAUCUAUCAUUAUUACGACAAUCACUUCCCGCGCGAGAACGAUAUCCUUAUAUUAUAUGGUGGAUUAGCCACAUCGAUCUGUAUGCGCUCUUCAGCGGCGCUGGCACAGGAGAGUAUGUAAAAGUGGCUCUGGAGAAUCAUUUGCUCCCCCAAGCGGAAUGCCUUCUGUACCCAGUGGGGCCUGAAGGCACAAGCAUGGUCUACCCUGAUGAAUAUGAUACCCUUCCCUUGAUUAUGCGCCUCUACCGUAAUUGUUUCCAGCUAGCAGUGCGUCUUGGGCUUUUGGCCGCCGACAUCAGACGCUCCAAGGCCCAAGGUCUUGAUCCACAUACCGAAUCACUCCAUCAGGAGUUGGAGGGGUUGCGCGCCGAACUCCGAAGGCUGUGGGACUCUCCCGAGGCGCGAUUCUUGGUCCAGAACCAGUCGACUUUACCCAAACGAUCUCAGAAUAGCUUGCGACAGCUAUCUGUACUUUUCCAUACAUCGCUUCUUUACUCCUACACCAGUCUCUGGCGCGGACAAAGUUUUCACGUCGGCAUUGAACUGGAUAAGGAAAGCCAUCACCAUACAGAGGUCAUCCUGCAACUGGCAGAGACAAUGCUCGCGCAGGGCCGUCAGAACGGUCCCCUCUUCAUCACCUUCCCCGUCUUCCUGGCUGGCGCCGUCACGACCUCGAGCGGACUCAAGAUGAUGGCGCUGGAAUUACUAGCCAACAUAGGCGAAACCGAAAUGGGUUACGACGCCGGAACAACGUGCUCGAUGCUUCAGGUCCUUUGCGAAGUCCAUAUGCAGCACUCCCGCAGCGGUGGGUACAUGCAGGAGAUCGAUUGGAUCGAAGUCACCGCGAACCAGGGAUUCCAGCUCGUGAACUAUGGAUGACACGACCCUUGGGAGGGUAUAUAUACUAUACGAUUAGUGACGGGUUCAUGAUUUGUACGGGGGCAUAAUUGCAUUGUUAAUCUUUUUCCUAUGAUCUGUGUCAAUAUAGUGAUGAAUGAAUAUCUAUAAUUCC